AUUCACCCUACGGCGGCAAGGAGUCCAGGAAUCCUCUCAAACAAAACUAUCCCCGCAUGCGAUUCGAACCUGCGAACCCACACAGAGUAUUUUGGAUAAAACAUACUUUCGCCUCCAAUGCCGUAUCUCCAUGCUUAGAUUUCUGUUAUCUACGACGUGCUAUAGUCAGUCGGCGUAUUUCCGGCCUUGCGGCUCUGUUAUCUUCUUGUUAAAGUUGGAUAAGAUAUCUCCAAUCUUAUGACUCUAUUAUCUUGUGUUUGUUGAAGAGAAAGGCGUUUUCAUCUUGAACGCAUAAAUGCACGAGGUGAGAACCGUAGUGCAGUAGUUGUUCAUAGAAAACAUGCAACACUAGUUGAACGCGAGUUACGGUAAAGCUAAUGAAAAGAGAGGGAUAGAUUUUGUUAUUGUCAAAAAAGCACAUUUAUUCAUAUAUCUUCAUAGAAUUAACGGCAAUGCAGGAGGCAAUGAACAAUGGUGAGAAAUGCGAUGCAUUUAAAGACUUUGCGAUCAGGGCUAUAGAAACGGAGAAUUUACUAUCCACAACGACUCCGCUGUUUAUUUUGGCUUCAGACACCGUACAGUGAAAGAUUUGGACUACCUCAAAACUGCAAUAAAACUAAAUCUGAUAUGAGAAAAAAAAACGGUGGCAUAUGUAAGCCAUCUUUGAUAACUUUAUAUACCGUAUCAAAAUAUCUAAGUCCUUUAAAAUAUCAUUUGUAAAAUAUGCAGAUAUGGUAUAUCAAUCAAAAUGGUGUACUCCCGUGGUAUAUAGUAGGGUUUUAGUAGUCAAAUUUGAGAAGGGAUUCUCGAAUACAAAGAAUUCCUGCUGCAAAUCCUCGAGUUUUCAGAUAUUAAGCAUCCACGAAAUCCUAUAUUUCAGAGAUAUGUCACAUGCGAGCUUUUUUGUGCAACACUGAUUGCGUCGCAGUCAGAUAAUUGCGAUUUCAUAUAUGAAGUUCAUCAAUAAUAACAGUACUGUACUCCGAUAAUCAAAAAUGUUACAUCUUGAAUCUCGGAUGUGGCUGCUUGAUAACCAGUGUUGGUUCCCCGGCUUCCCUUGUCCAGUGAAAUGUGUAUUCAAUAAUAUUCUUUUACAAUUUGCAUGUUAUUUUAUAAUGGGCGAAAAAAAAUAAACUUGUCAAUGACCAAUCUCGCUUGAAUUUUUUCCAUUGAUCUUGCAUCAGCUUAGAUUACGGUGGUGUUCAAGGUUCGACCUUGGCAUAACAUAAAUGGAAUAACAAAAUUAGGAACAUUUUAUUCCAUCGGAUAUUUAGGCGAGUUGGCGAAACUGAUUUACAUAUUCAAAUUAACAAUUUGCCCCAAAAUGUUCAAGCACCUGCCGAUUAAAAGUACUGCAUGCUAAGCUAAUUCUAGUGUUUGGUUUUCUAAAUUUGUGCUUUUUAUUCGGACAGUUCGAUGACUGAAAAUAUAAUAUUUAAUAUCUGAUUAUAAAUCUGCAGAUAACAGAAAUGUAAUCUCGACCUACCUCGCUAAUGUCUUACCCUGUUAUCUGCGCUUAUACUGAUAUUACUAGUCCACUUCGCGGAUUUCAACGGGGGAAGUCGCGAGAAGUCAAAGCUGGUUAUAGAGCAGCGACACCCAAUGAUCUAAUAUCUGAUUAAAAUAGUUUAGAGAGUCUUCUAAUCUAGAAGAAAAUAUUGAUUAAUUUACAACAGACUUAAUAUUUUAUCAUUAUUUUUUUCACUUAUUGUCAGAGCUACCAUCCCAAAUAAUAUGAUAAGAGUUUAUACAGUUGUAUAUAUAUAAGCGCCUCCUGACGAAGCUGUUCAGAUUAUAACCAUACAAAUCGCUUUUUACUAGUUUUGUAUAUGAAGUGGUUUAUAUGUUCAGCAGUAUCUAAAUCGACGGGGUCAUUUUCAUGGAUAUGAGCGGAACAUACUCUGCAACAACAAGUAAUGUUAAAGAGCCACCAGGAAUGAAUAAAUUCAAAAGACCAUACUCGUGUGAGAUAUGUGGCAAGUGUUUUAUGCGGCCCAAUCAUCUGCGUAGACACGUACGAAUUCAUACAGGAGACAAACCAUAUUUCUGUAAAAUAUGUGCAAAGCGCUUCACACGCUCAAGUGCUGUGAAAAUUCAUAUGAGAACUCAUACUGGAGAAAAGCCAUACUCUUGUGAGACAUGUGGCAAAUGUUUCGCUCAAGCUAGUUAUUUAGAUGUCCAUGUGCGUAUUCAUACAGGAGAAAAGCCACAUUUUUGCACAGUUUGUGGAAAAUGCUUCACGUCUCAGGCGACUUUGUUUACACAUAUGCGUAUUCAUACCGGUGAUAAACCGCACUCUUGUGAAAAAUGCGGAAAAAGCUUUGCACAAUCAAGUUGUUUAACAAGCCAUUUGCGUAUUCAUACUGGAGAGAGGCCGUAUUCAUGUAAAAUAUGUGACAGAGGCUUUACACAAUCAAGUUCUUUAAAUAACCAUAUCAGAACGCAUACUGGGGAAAAGCCAUAUUCUUGUGAGAAAUGUGGAAAAUGUUUCACGCAAUCCGGCAAUUUGAAGUGUCAUAUGAGAACUCAUAAUGAAGAGAGGCCACAUUCUUGCAAAAUAUGUGGAAAAAAUUUUGCUCAAUCCUCUACAUUGUCGAAGCAUUUUAAAAUACAUGGUAGAAAAACGACUUAGGGAUGCAGAAUUGUCAAUUUUAAUCUAGUACUCUAAAAUGGAGUAUACCAACCCAUGCUUGUGGACACUUUCAUUUUGGAAACAAACUGUGGAUAUUUGAAACUGGACCAUUGACAGUGUGUUAUGUCAGAAUAAAGUCAGAAGUUAAUAUAUAUUGAUUGAGUGUUUAUUUUAAUCGCAAUAGAUAAAAAAUUCUUUCCAGAUAACAACAGAUUUUAGGUUAUUUCCUAUCAUCUUAAGUAUUAAUAGAAUAUAUACUUUGUUUCAAAUAUUUUGUGUUAUAUUACAUUUGAUUUAGUUCUUUAAUUAUGUCAUUGGAAUUAGAUCUCCUGUCUGUUUUAUAAUAUUAAAAUCUUGUUUCCUUCGUUGUCAAAUAAACUGAUUGAUGAUUUGUUUUUCUUUUGUUUGAAUUUUAUUAUUUGCGAUUAAAUUGAAAUUUUAUCGCUCGUUAGCAUUUUGAUUUUUUUUUAAAUAUUUAAAUUCUCAAACUUUUUGCUUGUCAGUUUUGAUUUUGUUGUUAAAAUGCCAGAUCAUAUGUCAUUUGUUGUGUUGCUCAUUUUAUUUUUAUGGCACAUUUAUUUACCUCGAUACAAACAACCGUUAUGUCCGGGGACACAUAUAUCCAAAUGCUCUCAUAACUAGACAUGGGUUACCUGGAAUGCAUUCCUAUUGGAUAAAUCCAUACAACCUUCGUGAGAUAUUGGCUGUCUUAUUAAUGACUUUGCUAGUAUAUAGAAUUUCGUUCCUAUUUUGCGUGAAAAUCAAAUAAGCAUAAAAAUUCUUCUUUCAAGCAGCACAUAUCUGCUAAACCGAAACACAUCCAUUAGAAUCAUAUUAAUCAUCCGGUGCAUUCUAUUCCCCAAUCAAGUAGGGUGACGAAAUCAAAAUAAUUUGAACAAUUGUUUAAUAUUGACCAAA